GGGGCUUGUCCAACAAUGCCGUGUUUCAUUGCUGAGGAGGACGCGUCAGGGGCUUUCUUCCCCCCUCAUGUACCCCCCUCCUCCUCCCCAGUUUACCUUCGAACUAGCCCGAAAUGGACCACUCCAGUUUUCCCAGCAACCUGGACGCCUUUUGAGAAACGUUGGCCGUUUUAAUUCGUCCCCCGACAUUUCUCCAUGAGAAAGUCAGCAGAAUGGCUGAAAAGGAGUCCGAAUCCCCCGGGAAACUAAAGACAUUAUUAUAGCCAGAUUUGGCUUUUUUCGGACAUAUCCGAACGGAGUAUUUCCUUUAACAACUUUCCCUUUAGUGGAUAAUGGAUGGCAGAGAUUUUGGUCCCCCCCGAUCCGUCCACGUCCCCCCUCCGUUACUGGCGGGGCUCGCCAUGGAGCCUCACCGACUCGGAGCAGCAGCUGCAGCCGGGAGGGUCCCUCCCUCGCCCGGUCACUUGGGCGCGAACCAUCCGUCGUCUCUCCACUCCGGAAAAUUUUUACCACCGGCCAUUAACCUCCAUCCACACCACAGCGAUGCCUUCCCGGCAGGCUCCAGUCCCUUCCUGUCAGGUUAUCCAGGCCCCUCCUCCUUGACACCUGACCCCGCAUACAGAUCGACCAAUCCCAGCAGCUUACAGAUGGCUCAGCUCUGGGCUUCACACGCUCACGAAGGUUACGCUCCUCUCCCGAGCAGCCUGUACUCCAGUCCUUACCUCUCUCUGGGUCACCUGGAGCCCCCCUCACUCUCACAGCACCCUCUCUAUGACUCCCAUAAAGAUGCUUACUUCCUGCCGCCCCACCUGAGCCAGUCGCCCUUCCACACCCCGUCGACUUCGUCCACCACCACGUCCAGCUCCGCACCUUCUCAGAGGACAUCCCGGGACGGGGGCAGGGACCGGUCGUAUCGAGCGGAGAGGGAGCGAGAGCGUUCCAGGGAAGAGCCCCGCCCCCACAGCGUGGUGGACCUUACACAGGAUGGGAGGGGCGAGGAGGACCGCAAGGCCAGCAGAGACCAGGAACGGGACAAGGACCGGGACUCGGAGCGGGAGGGUUGGUCCUUCCAUCCUCACCAGCACAAGUCGCACUCCCAGCCUUCCACAGUGGAGAGCAGAUACCGGCCGUCUCCUCCACAGCCCUCCUUCCCCGCCGAUGGAGGCGCGGGCAGGUUGCACGGACCAGAAACGGACAGAGGAGGUCGGGACGAGGGCCGGCCUCGACCCCACCACAACGGCAACUUAAAUAACUCUAACCCAGACCGAGAGAGGAGGAACGAGUCUGUGGCAACACCAGUCGGGACUCUACACAUUUCCUACGCCCUCCCCCCGGCUCUGCACCCGUCCACCGCUGGUCCCCCCCCACUCUCUGAACCCAGAGAGCUCAUCAGAGAGCAGCGAGUCAGCGCUCCUACAUAUGUGCCUUCUGUGGAGGUUUAUGAGGAGCGGGCAGGACCCAUCCAGAUCGCCUCGCAGGCCCGUGAUAACAAGCACGCAGACAAACACCGAGACCUGGAGCGGGACCGGGACAGCUACAGGUUUCAGGAGAAAACCCUCAGGGAGCACGCUCGGCUCUCACAGUGCAGCGACGUAAGCAAUCAGAGGGAGGAGGGCUCCAUUAUCUGUUCCUUUGGUAAACGAGCUCAGGACCCAGUUAGCCAAUCACAGCUCAGCCCAGAAACCAGAGACGGCUCCAAACACUCGAACCGAUCCGGGUCGGAGCCUAAGUGGAACGCUAUUAGCCCGUUGGCUAACUAUGCUACAAAUCACAUAGCCGCUCUGGCAGCCCAGCACACACUCUCCUCGCCCCGAAGCCAAUCGCACUCGCAAAAGUCCAGUUCCCCCCACACAUCCCACCGACCCGCCAGCUCGCAGUCCUCCCACAGUCUCUCCCCUCAAUCCCAACCUUCCCAGCAGGCAUCUGGGUGCACAGAUGAAGAGGGUUGUCAUCAGAGACGCUACCUGACCCCGUCUAGCCUCUACAGAUCAAGCAGCAACAGAGGGGCUGAUUCCACCGAGGUGUCGGCCAUGCAGAGCCUCAUCAAGUACAGCGGAAACUUUGCAGCCGAAGGUCCCGCCUCCACCACGAGGCCCGUCGUAGAUGGGCGGGGGGCUUUCGGCGGUCUGGCCUGCAUCGGGAUGGACGCCCAGAGGGAGAAAGAAAGAGACAGAGAAAAGGCUUCAGUCGGGUCAGGCUCCUCAGGAGGAAUGAGGGUGCCUCCCCAGCUGAAGAGGGAGCAGGAGCGGCCCGACAGCGCCCGCUCCUUCGGUCGGGAGGGGGAAGGGGAGGUGCGCCAUCCACCUGUUGGGAUUGCGGUGGCUGUAGCCCGGCAGAGGGACAGCGGGAGCUCCAGUAAACAGAGCAGCGGGACUUCAGAGCCACAGAGACCCCUGCUGCAAACCGCUAUUAAAGAUGAGGAGCGAGCAGAGGAGCGAGCUCGUCACCACGAUGACAGAUUGCUGGCUGGCCGGCUGGAACGUGAGCGAGAGAAAGUGAUCCGAGAGUCCAAGAAUUUGCAGGAGUUUACUCAGAUGCACCCCGCCCCUCUGUCUGGUGGCUUGACACCCAGCAUGAUGACACCCAGCCUCAUGACUCCAAACCUCAUGGUGACAGGAGGGGCUGCUCUGGCAGGGACGGGGAGGUGGCCUCCUGACCCUUCAACUCUCACCUCUCACCCCUGGAUGCCCCGGCCCGGAGCCCCACCCGUCUGGCUCUCCAGCUCGCCGUAUGGUUUGAACCCCUCAUCCCUCCACCAGUCCCUCCCCCCAGGCUACCCCCCCUCUUUGCCAGGCUCCAUGCCACCUCCAUACCAGUUUGCCCGAGACCCCCAGUCUGGACAGCUGAUCGUCAUUCCUGCUGAACAUCUGCCCCAUUACGGAGGCGAUGUGCUGGAGCGUGGAGCCCCGGUGUGGCCGGGGGUGUACGGUGCAGGCAGCCCGCUGCAGCACGCGGCCCAGCUGCAGCUCCUCUCCCAGCAGCAGAUGCUGCGGCAGCAGGAGCUGCUGAUGAUCCAGCAGCACACCGUGCAGGUCCUGGAGCUGCAGAGGAACGUUCAGCUGGCCGAGCGCCUAAAGGCCAGCGAGCGGCCAGUGCUGGAAGACAAGGCAGACAAGCGGAACAGUGACCCAAAAACCCGACCAUCCUCCGUGUCCUCGCCGUCUCCCUCGCCAGUCCUGCACCCCCGCAGCAAACCGGCCCCUCCCUCCAGAUCGCCGACCCCGUCCACGUCCUCCCUCACACCUCUGCCUAGGAUACAGUCUCCUGCCUCCACCCUAAAGUCCGAGGAGGGAGGGCAGAGAGCUUUGGCUCACACUCCAAAGUCCCUGAUCCACCCGAGUUCUCCGCGUUCCGCUUCGCCCCCUCCAUCCUCACCACGGCAACCCAAACGGGAGGUGGUGGAGGUGGGACGUAGGGAGCAGAGAGAGCGGCAGAAGUCUGCUUCUGUUGCUUUUCCCGGCAUUUACUCCGAGAUCCCACCAGGUUACCCUUAUCAAUCCAUCACUGCCCCAUACGGCUCUCCUUUUCAGUAUCACAUCCCAGCUCCUUCCAGAGGAACUCCUGAAGAGCGUUGCUCCUGCUCUCCUGCCUCAGCUGACGCUUCGCCACCGCCUCACUGCCACUCGAGGCUGCUGGGCACUGACAUCAAGCCGCAGAAACUCGAGCUGUCGCCAGCGAGGCCUUUCCUCAAACAGGAGUCCUGUGACAGGCGGCCUGGAGGUGGCUCCUCCCCAGAGCCGCUCAGUCCCCCCCAGAGCCCAGUCCAGACCAGCCCGGAUGCAGAAGACCGGCCAGCUCCAAAGCUCCACCCUCAACCUCGACCUCUGCAUGCCCGCAGCCCCCCACUUCUGCAGAACGAGGAACUCGAGAAAGAUCUGGCAGAAGACCAGGAUGGCGUUCCAGUCAAGAUGGAGGCGUCAUCGUACGCCUGUCGAGGUGCUUACGACGCCCCUCCUCUACUCGUUGAAGCUGUGCCGCGACCCGAGAUCAGAGAAGAACCGGACCAGGCGCUGUACCCUCCCACCAUCACCGCCGAAUCGGACGAGCAGGAGCGUCAACACCAGCCUGACGCCGCUGUGGGGAGGCUUAAGGAGACUGUCAGUGAAUCUCCUGAACCCACGUCUCCACUCCUCAGUCCAGAGGAUCCCAUGGGAGGGAUGCUGAUGCUUCUGACAGCAAGUGAGAUGGUCAGACCCAACACCCCUCCCGCUCCAACGCUGGUGUCGCAGCUGGAACUCCCUCCGGUGGAUCCAGCCUGCGGCCGGGCCGGGCCUCUUGAGAUGGUGGCUCUGGAGGGGAUGGCCCUGCUCAGCCAGAUGGCCCAACGAGAGAUGGAGAACAUCUGUCAGGAGAGAGAUUUGACUUUGGAGGGUCUGGACUCCCUGAUUGAAGCCAGCAGACAAAUCCUGCUGGAAGCCAUCGAGCAGCAGUCCCACAUCGACCUGCCCAGAACUCUGGACCCCAACAAGAAAUACAGCUGGAGGCAGAGGAAGGAGGAGCCGCUCUAUGAUAAAAUGUCUGUGGACAUGCUGGACGCCGUGGAAGUGGAAUACCGCGUUCGCCUGGCUGAGCUUCAGAAGACGUAUAAGGAAAAGCAGAGGGAGCUGAACAAGCUGCAGAGACGCAGGGACAAGCGGGAGCGGCUGCAGCAGGAGGACGAGAGGAGGAGCCUGACAAGACGGGGCAGAGGUCGACCGAGGAAGAGGAAGCUCCUCGCUCCUAAACUGGACAGCAGAGCUGCAAAGGCGGGAAGGACGGUGCAAUACUCGGAGGACUCUGAAACUGGGGAGGGCCAGAGGAAGAGGUUCCGCUUGUCCCGAGACGACGAGGAGAUGGAGGCGGCUGGAGCCAAGGUUAAAAAGAAGAAGAAAAAGAAGAAGAAGAGCUGGGCCGACCAGGAGCCGUCUGCCAGUCACAGUCUGGAGGCGCUGAAGGCGAGGCGGGGCCUCUUGUGCGAGCAGGAGCAGCUGGCCUCUGACCUGGACAGAGCCCUGUCGCUGUCCCAGCUGGGCUCCCUCGGCGGCGCGCCUCACAAACUUACCUCCAACACCAAAUCAGAGAAGCGGAAGAGCAAGUCUGUGGGAGGCGCAUUAAAGGAGCGCAUCCACUCCUCGGGUAUAGCAGGAAAACUCAAGGCGGCCGCUAAAGCUUCAGAGACGGCCCAGAGGUUAAAAGGUCAGAAGAAGAUGUCUGUGUUCUCUCCUGUGAGAUCAGAGCUCAGCAGCUGCUCCAACAACUCAGAUUCGGAGGAGCACGGCUCCGCUCGAGGAGGCUGGCCUCCUCUCUCAGGGGCGCGCUCCCACGCCAGCCUGACCAGGAAGAGGCGAUCCGUGUCGCCGCCGACGUCGCUGCUGUCCAGCCAGAAGUCUGAGAAGAAGAAACACAAGCACUUGUCGCUGCUGCUGGAGGAGGCGGGCCUCAGCUCCUCUGACGAUUCCUUCGACCAAGAAAUCUCAGACGAUGAGGAAGAGGAUGAGGAUUUGGACGGCGGCUGCGAGGAGAGCGGGCUGGGCCUGCUCGCCAGGUUUGCAGCGAGCGCGCUCCCCGUCAGCUCUGGCCCCGGGAGCCUCCUCCCUGAGGGCAAACACUGCAGCAGGCAAAGCACUCUGGGGUCAUCAGAGUGCGAGUGGUCCGAUUCGGGAUCGGAUCUCCGACUCCGGAAGUUCCCGUCUCUUCUGCAUGGGAAGCGCUCAGCUCCCGAGCUCCCCCUCCUGCCCCCAGCCACCCGCCGCUCCGACCAGACCAGCCCCACCAAGCGAGACGAAGCUCUGUCGAUCAAACGGAAGCCUUUACUGAAGCCCCGCCCCUCUCCACGGUCGCCGCAGAGUUUCAGCUUCGACCUCUCCAGCUUCGGUCUGGGCGACGAUGCCGGUUGGAACCGCCGCCGCAGCGAACGGAUCUUCCUCCACGAUGCCACCACCUCUGCCAUUCAGAGCUGUCAGGCUCCGCCUCUCACUCCAAAACCCGCCUCCAGGCUGAAGUCCACUCCGCCCAGCCGAGAGGGGAAGGAGUCGGGAAAAAAAAAGAAGUCGAAGGACUCUCCGCUGCCCAUCAGCCCGUCCAGCCUGUGCAGUCCGGUCAGCGACGCUCCUCUGAGUCCGACCCACAAGAACCAAGCCAAGGCCAAACGCAAAGCCCGGGAGCCUUCCAGGGGCGCCGUGAGCCGGCUCAUGGAGAGCAUGGCGGCAGAUGAAGACUUCGAGCCCAACCAGGACAGCAGCUUCAGCGAAGACGAGCUCCUCCCUCUGAGAAACAGCAGUUCAUCAGAAUCUUCUUCCACCCCCGCUGCAGUAAAGUGUGUUCUGGACAAAGACUCCCUCGUGGACGGACUGCGAGUGUUGAUACCGAUGGACGACCAGCUCCUGUAUGCGGGACACGUGAACACCGUGCACUCCCCGGACAUAUACAGCGUGGUGGUGGAGGGCGAGAGGGGAAACCGACCACACAUCUACUGCCUGGAGCAGCUGCUGCAGGAGGCUAUCAUCGACGUGAAGCCUCCGUCUGUGCGUUAUCUCCCAGAAGGCACCCGCAUCGCCGCUUACUGGAGCCAGCAGUACCGCUGCCUUUACCCUGGGACUGUAGUGAACGGAAGUGCAGACAUUGAUGAGAACGACGACCUGAUCACCGUGGAGUUUGACGACGGCGACACCGGCCGCAUCCCGCUCUCCCACAUCCGACUGCUGCCUCCAGAUUACAAGAUCCACUGCGCUGAGCCGUCACCUGCGCUGCUUGUGGCGAGCUGCUCCAGACGGAGGGUCCGGAAAUGCAGCAAAGAAGGCAAAGAGGCCAAAACGGAGGAGAGCGCGGCACGGAUCAAAGGAAAACCAGGACGCAAACCUAAAAACAAAGCAGACUCCUCUUUGGAUCCAGACGAUGAUGACAAAGCGGAUUCUCCUCCUUCUGCUCCACCUGCUGAGAGGCCUCAACCUGCAGCCAAAAGUGUUCAGGACCGGAGCUCCUCUGUCCAAAAAGGCGCUCAGGAGAAGCCCCGCCCCGCCUCCCGCCCCUCCAUGGGGAGUCAGGUCAAAGCGGGAGGUAAGAGCGUCUCCAGCUCGCCUACAACCAGCCCCACGCUUUCCAACCCGCCGCAGAGAAAGAGCGUCUCAGGACCGUCUGCUCCUCCUAAACCGGGGCGCAGCCUCCCGCCGUCGCUCUACCCCUCCACGUACGGGAAGGUUCUGACUGUGGACCUGUACAGCGAACCCAACCUUAACUCCUACAACAACCAGCGCAGGGAGCGAGACGGCGCCGCCGGCAGCCCCACCACCAGCAGGCCAACCACCAGCAGACCCGCCUCCAGACCCAGCAUGACCCCUGCACCCAAAUCCAGCUCUGCCUCCACCAGACCCUCGUCUGGGUCUUCCACCAAAACCAAACCGUCCUCGGACCUUCACAGCGGGGCCAGACUGGGCCACAGCGCCGGGCUGCUCUCCAGGCUCUCAACAGAGUCCACUUCCUCUCUGACCCACAGGCCAUCCUCGCUGUCCCCCACCUCUGCUCCCAAACCCAAACUGAAGGUCCCGUCAGACCAGAUGUCCUCCAGAACCAUCCCCAGACCCAAACCCGGGUCCGGACCGGCCGACCCGAGCUCGUUGAGGCGGAAGUCACUGUCUGCGGAGCCGCUGGUGAAGCUUGACCACGAAGGCGUCACGUCCCCGAAGACCAAGAAGACCAAAGCUCUGAUGCUACUGGAAGGUCGGGAUGUGAGGCGAGACCACACCUCCAUCGCCACGGUGACGGGACCGAAGUUCCUGAAGGCGAAAAUGACGCCUUCAGACCGGGAGAACAGCCUCCCCGAGAAGGAGUCCAUCUACAAAUCGUCGGGGGUCGCUAAGGACAAGGCGGAGAGCCGAAGCUCCCGAGGGCAGGAGCUGGAAGGGAGGGAGAAGAAAGCAAAGAAAGAGGAGAAGAAGGAGGGAAUGAGGGAAGAGAGGAAGAUGAAGGAGGAAUCUCACAGCAGCAGCAGCUCCGAGUCGGAGGAGGAAGGAGAGAAGGAGAAAAGCAACAAGAAGAAAUGCACUUCAAGCUGCUCCUCAUCCUGCUCCGGUUCCUCCUCCUCCUCGUCCUCCUCCUCCUCUUCUUCAUCGUCUUCAUCCACAGAUGACUCCUCCUGCAGUUCAGAUGAAGAGAGGACUCCUACCCCCCCACCCACCCCCGUGCAGAGACCUCCAGCACCGGAGAAACUGAAAGAAGAGGCACAAGAGGAGGUGGAGGAGGUGAAAAAGGAAGUUGAAGUGAAAGUGGAGGAGGAGGAAGAGGAGGAGGAAUUGUCUCAGUCGUCUGUGACAUCUCCAGCUCCUGCAUCUCCUGCUAAACCCGCCAAACCGGCCACCGGGAAGGGCUCCGGACAGAGGGGCCGUCCUCCCAAACCGAAGCCCAGCGGAGGAGAGGGGAAGGCGGGGAGACCCAAGCGCAGGGAGGGGGUGCACCUCCCCACCACCAAGGAGCUGGCCAAGCGGCAGCGGCUCCCCAGUGUGGAGAACAGGCCCAAAAUCUCUGCGUUCCUUCCAGCCAGGCAGCUCUGGAAGUGGUUUGGAAAACCCACUCAGAGGCGCGGCAUGAAGGGCAAGGCCAAGAAGCUCUUCUACAAGGCCAUCGUGCGAGGCCGCGAGAUGAUCCGCAUCGGGGACUGCGCCGUGUUCCUGUCCGCCGGGCGGCCUAACCUCCCCUUCAUCGGCCGCAUCCAGAGCAUGUGGGAGUCCUGGGGGAGCAACAUGGUGGUCCGGGUCAACUGGUUCUACCAUCCAGAGGAGACCAACCCCGGCAAGAAGCUCACCGACAAAAAGAACUGGGAUCAGAUCUGCAGCCAGUCUCUACCAGCAGCUCUGCACUCCUCCAUCCACAGGAAGGAUUUCAUGGAGCGCGCCUUGUACCAGUCGUCCCACAGCGACGAGAACGACGUGCAGACCAUCAGUCACAAAUGUCUGGUGGCGAGCGUGGAGGAGUACGAGCAGAUGAGCCACACCCGCCGCUACGCCGACAGCGAGGACCUCUACUACCUGGCCGGCACCUACGAACCCACGACCGGCAUGAUCUUCAACACGGAUGGCGUUCCGGUCAUCUGCUGAACAAAAAGACAGAAAAAAGAACUGCAAACUCUACGAGCUGCUGAAACCAAACGUAGACGAAGCCGCGGCUGAGACGGCGGCUCGGCUUCCUGUCAGACACUGGAGACACUACAGACAGUAUUACGAGGAACGCGUCUCCUAAAACAUUUGCACACUUUCAGCUGCGCUCGUUCACGUGUGCGAGCGCUUGGGUUUGACCUGUAAAUACACCUGCACACAUCAGACUCUGUACAUACACCUGUAACGCAGUUAUGUAGAGAGAAAGUGUUUUAUUUUAAUGUCGUAGAUCCAUGUCCUUUAUGUUCAUUUUUUAAAGAGAUAAACAGUCAAGAAGCUUUAACGAACUGUGAAUGAGGAGACGGGGACGCCCCGCCCCGGCCGGGCAGACGGACACUCCAGCGGUGUGAUGUUGUGAUGUUACCGUGGUGAUGUUACAGUCGUGUAAAUGUUUAGAGCAGCAGGAGCAACAGACGCAGGGAAAGAGACGCACAGAACGAAGACUAUCCAACAGAAAGCACUUAAAAAGACACAACACUUGGAAAAUAUCUUCCUCCUAUUUAACCCCGCCCCCUUUUGACAAUCCCGACUCGGUUCGGAUGACUUCCUCACGACUCAGGCUAAAGAGAGAAAGUGCUUUGUGCUGUCCAAUCCAUUUCUCAUUUUCACCUUUGAUUUAUUUCUUAAAAAAAUCCACCCUGAAGACACUAUGAACGUGAGGAAAGCUGCUUUUGGCUCCGCCUUUGCACUCGUUUUUUUUUUUAUCCACUCGCACAAAAUGUGGUGGAAAGGCAUUAUGGGAAACACAAUCAUUUCGUCCAUAGAAAGUAACCCCAAAGGGUGGAUUUAUUUUAAGUUUAUUUUAUAAUCAUGUUUUUUUUUUGCAAACUCUGCAGUAAUCCUUUCAUCCUCCCCGUUCUCUUUUCUUUCACCGCUCUGAAUGUCUCUUCCGCUCAUUUCUGUUCAGCUGCUUUACUUCGGCGUUUACACGAGUGCACUUUGAAAUAAACCCCGCCCCCUCCAGAGGAGACUCCACCCCCCAGGCGUCCGCACCAAGACCUCCUCCGAGGUUUCCCACGUGCCUGAACUCUCGUUUCGGGUG